GUGGGCGGGGGGCAGUAAUAGGCGGUCCCAGGGCUGCUACUCGCGGGCAUUCUUUGAGGAUCCACGGCUCUGCUGGUCGCUAUCAGACCCUCGAGUCGGUUGCUGUCUGACCUGCCCCCGCCCCCGCCCGCCUGGCCCGCUCCAGAGUCUUGGAUAUGGACCUUCAGUUCCUGACCUCCCUGUCUGUCCUGCUAUUGUCUGGAACAGGAGUCACAGACACCCUGAGGACCUCCCUGGACCCGAGCCUGGAGAUCUACAAGAAGAUGUUUGAGGUGAAGCGGCGGGAGCAGCUGUUGGCACUGAAAAACCUAGCACAGCUGAACGAUGUCCACCAGCAGUACAAGAUCCUGGAUGUCAUGCUCAAGGGGCUCUUUAAGGUGCUGGAGGACUCCCGGACAGUGCUCACUGCUGCAGGUGUGCUCCCAGAUGGGCCCUUCCCCCAGGACGAGAAACUGAAGGAUGCUUUCUCCCAAGUGGUGGAGAACACGGCCUUCUUCGGUGACGUGGUGCUGCGCUUCCCAAGGAUCGUGCACCACUAUUUUGACCACAACUCCAACUGGAACCUCCUCAUCCGCUGGGGCAUCAGCUUCUGCAACCAGUCGGGCGUCUUUGACCAGGGCCCCCACUCGCCUAUCCUCAGCCUGAUGGCCCAGGAGCUGGGGAUCAGCGAGAAACACUCUGACUUCCAGAACCCAUUUAAAGUAGACCGUACAGAGUUCAUCUCUAGCACUGACCCUUUCCAGAAGGCCCUGAGGGAAGAGGAGAAACGCCGGAAGAAAGAAGAGAAGCGGAAAGAGAUCCGAAAAGGCCCUCGGAUCUCAAGAUCACAGUCUGAGUUAUAGCCCUGGAGUGGCCCAGGGCUCAGGGGACCAGGAAGCGGCCAGUUGGGAGGAAAAGGAGAGUUCAGAAGCGUGACUGAUGGUGAGCACUGGCGCCUUCAGAGAGGAGGCCAGAGUCUGCUUGGCCCCUUGGGGCUGGCUCCGAGCCCCCGCUGAAGGGACUGAGCCACAGAGGGCUGGACUUCCUCCCAGGGACCUCACCAGAGGGGUGCCAAGAGAGCUUCCAGAGGGCGCUGUGCUGCAGACCUAACCCUGUGGAGAUGCUGGGGAAAGCAGGAGGGAUCCUGGGCUGGACUCCCCCCGCCACCACCGUGGGUUAGGACCGCUGGCCAGCUGGUGGCCGCUCCUCAUGGGGAGGCAGCAGAACUAGGCUCUGAGCCAUGUGCAGAGGAGUCAUGCCUGCUGCUGGCCCUGCUGUGUCACUGAGAUGCCAGGCACAGGUUCCAGCCCCCUGCAGAGACAAUAAAAGCCAGCAAAUGCUGGCUGACCAAGGCUGGUUUGGGCCCCAGGGAGAUGUGAGCCUCUCCAUGGAGCAGGUGAGGCGGGCCCGGGCAGGGGGGUCAGGGGCCCUCGGCUGUGGAGACCAUCUUAGAGAAUGUUCCGCCUACUCAGGAGGAGCCUCAGGCCCUGGCAGGGCAGCAAAGCAGAGGCUUGGCUUCGGCCUCCUAUUCCCUUCACAGCACCGUCCUUGAUGAGGGGUCAGUGUUGGGAAGGGACCAGAAGUAUCCUUCCUGGGAGGGUGUUUAGCCCAAGACAGUCUUGGAGCAGUCUGAUCUCUGUCCUUCGGUAUCAAGGAACAGUCAUUGAGCAGGCCCAGGGAAGAAUCAACUUGUCCUCUCUGGCAGUGCAGGGUGCCCCUGGGCCUAUUGGGGGCACUGUUGGGGGACAGGCUGCAGCUCUGCAGGAGGCUGUACUUUGUUGUGGAAGGGCUGCUCCCAGGGUGGAUAGGCCGGACAGCAAGCUCCCUGUGUCAGGAGGCCUGUAAGCAGAGACCAGGGCCAAGGGGGCCGGGAGCUGCAGAGGGACUCAGGCCCUGAGUAGGCAGCCGCCCUUCAGUCAUGCCCCUCCCAGGCAGAGAAGGGAGGGGCUCGGGGGGGGAAUUCUAGCUCAGUCUCUUGACUUUGCCAAGCCAGGGGAGAGACACACAGCUGUCCCCAAUAGCCCACCACUAACGGAGCCCAAGGGAGACCCAGGGUCCUAGCCCAUCAGACUUGCUGAGUGACCCUGGCCCACCCCUUCCCUGUGCUGCGGCUUCACUGGUGUAAUGAAUUUGAUAAUGCCUGAACCCUCUGCCCAGCCCUGAACUGCUUCUCUGAUGUUGGGGCCUGGCUUCUCAGUGACAGGAGCCCGUCUCUGAUGGUUCUUCAUUCAUCCCAAAAAUGUGGUGAGCACCCACUGUAUGCACAGCCAGAGAGAGAGGGACCCAGUCUUAGCCAGUCUUCACUUCUGUCCUAUUUUAGCACCUUUAUCCUCUGGGACUCUUCCUUCUACACCUUCACUUCUCUCCAUCUCAGUUGAUGCCUUCCUCUCUACUCCAAUGAGCCCACGUUUUCCCCUCUAACACCUUGAAAGGUAGAAACAGAACCACUUUGCCCUCCUCCCUGGGCAAGUCUAGCUGGGAGCUGAGGGAGCAGCUGCAGAGUGGGAGGCACUUUUCCCACUUACCUGACCUGGUGCUCAGGCAGCCCUCUGCAGUAGCUUACUGAGGCCCUGGGAUGGAAGGGCAUUGAACCAAAGUGAAAGUACGUGGUGUGGUGUGCCAGCAGACUACCCCGUAGUGUGGCAGCCCUGCAAGAGCCACUGAAUGGUAGAGCUGAAGGUGGCACUGUCCAGCUCAGCACCUGGCCAGAGCAGGGCAGCAGGGUUUGGUGUUCUGUUUCAAGGUGAGACUUCUAUCAUCUAUAUCAACUCUCCUGCACGUAAACAAUGAAAAGACCAUUUGUGUCUCCCCUACUCCCCCAGUAAGGUACUUUGCUAUACAUAUUGAUUAUAAAAUGUAAUUUUAAGUAACACUGAAAUGCCAAGAAGAAAGUAUGAUUCACCCUAAUCUCACCACUCUGUAACCAUAACUGAUGCUCACCUGUUGGACCAUCCAUCCUCUUCGCCCUCAUGUGCACACAGAUCACAUGUAAGUUUUCGGUUAUCAAUACAGUAGCUGCCUUGUAUGAGCUCUGUGUGUCGGGCCUUAUCCAUGUGCUGGCUUGCAGCAGCUCCUCCUGCCUCAGGGCCUUUGUCUGCAUUGUGUGUUCCCCUAGCUAUACCAGAUGCAGUUGUCACCACAGAAUUUGAGGUUUCCUCUUAAAUAUCAAUGUAUGUUUUCUUCAACAGACUGGAAGCUCUCAGAGGGCAGGAACUGUCUCUUUGCCUGCCACAGAGAUAUUCAAUAAAUACUGUCAAAUGAG